AGUCCAAUCUCUCUCUCAGCCAUUUCAGACAUCCUUUUUCUCAAGUCUUUCACAUAACGCCAACAACCGCCCUGUUCCUUCUCUCUUCUCUCUCUAUUGCUCUCUCUGCGAAAGCCAACUCUGAUUCUAUCUAGCUUCGUGAUGAUCGGAUUGGUGUUGGGAUAGAGAGAGAUAUGGGCUCGUGUGCAUCGCUGCAUAGAAACUCGAACUCGGACUCCGACUCGGCCAUGAAAUUCAGACUGUCGUUUCGCUCCAAAGACGACAAGCUCGUGAUUCCACCCUCACCUAUUAAGGAAAAUCCCACCAAUGGGGACCCUCCGACUCAAAAUAACAACAACGUUGUCGCUGCUAAAUCUCAGUGGCCGGCUUCUCGGUCAACCACGAGUUUUGGAGGCUACGGAAGCAAGGACGAAACUUUUUUUGACUCCCAAGCCUGGUUAGAGUCGGAUUGCGAGGAUGAUUUUCUUAGUGUCAAUGGUGAUUUUACCCCUUCCCGUGGCAACACUCCAGUCCAUCAUAACUUCUCGACGGAAACCCCUCGAGUCAACAAAGCUCAUUUAGAGGACAGAAUUCCUGGUUCCACUUCAGAGCCAUCUCCCAAAAAGAAACUGGUUGAACUUUUCCGAGAGAGCAACCAGCAGGACCUAGAUAUUGAGGACGAAAACAAAUCAGGCAAUCAGAACAUUUACAAGGGAAAGAUAAAAGUUAAACAAACUCUACUUGACCUCCUUCCAAACUCAGCACAUGAUACUCCUUACGGAACUAACUCUGUAUGUAGUAGUGAAAGGACCCCAAAUGGAGACCUUUUAACAGAAAAGGAGAGACCAAUUAGGCCUGUGCAGUGUUGCCUUCCAAGCUUGAUUUCAUGCCGUAGCUUUAGCGAGAGGAAGAAGAAGAUGGAGCCUGCUAUAGCGGUUAUUGAUUAACCCUAGUUUGCAGUGGCUCUAGUACAAGAUAAAUGGAAGAAUCCAGCUUCUUCAGUUUCUGGGACCACAACUUCUGAGCUCCUUUGACGUGAUUUUUCUUCAGAUACUGCAAAAGUGUAAGAGGUCUGUUAAAGAGCUCAUGUCAUAUAUGGAUUAAAGGGCAUGUAAAAAAGCAAUAGUGGAGAUGUUAAAUGUCAAACUCCACACAGAGAUUUUAGCUAUCUCAAUCAAUCUCGGAAAUGAGUAUUUAUAUUUAUUUUUCUAUCA